CGUCAUAUGAAUAGUUCGCUCACUUCCGGAUGUUUGAUUUUGUAUAAGUUUAGUUUUUUGUUCUUUCUUCAUCACGUUGAGACAAUUUUACCUCUGUAUUUACACGUACCAUGCAUCGAGCGUACCAGCCGCUUACGCCGGCGAACAACAUCUUCUUGAAAAGGCUUUGGGAUGAGAAGUAUUUCAAAACACAUAGAAGGAAGGUCGUUGCAGCCAAACCUAGAAUUGAUAACAAACCUCCAAAGACGUACAUGCAUUUACACAUCAAACUGAAGAAGCUACAGAUGGAGGGAGAGCGAUUGGCCUGUGUGGAGAGAGACAACAGGAUCCUCUUGGAGAAAAUGGCGCACAUCAUGAGAUCUGGGGGUCGUGUCCACAGUCAAAACAAGGGUUACAGAAGGAAGAGUUUGAACAAGACUAAGCGCCAGAGGGAGCUUUUACGUAUCACACACGAGAACUUGGCAAUCCUAAAACGGCUAACUUCCAAGGAACCGCACUAUAACCACAACCGGUGGAAUCACGAAUGGAAGAUGAACCAGCAAUAUAUGAUGAACAUCUCUAAAUUCCCUCACAUCUGGCGGAACAAACUCGAGCUUGAAAUGAGAAAGAUGCAACAGGCUGCCGCAAAUCGCUGGAUCGUCGACCAGUUCCAAGGUGACAGUAAAGGACAACAGCAAAGCAACGGGAAGCCGUUCGAGUUCAUACCAUGACGUGUACACAAUGUGUGUAGAAUGUGACGUAUGCGCAUGUACUAACGGAAGUAAAUUUGUCUCCAUAAAACGUGUCUUCUAAUGCUUAUCUUUGUUACAAACGGUAAAAUUAAAAUAAAUUGGGAACCAGAGAGACUUA